AGCAGGUAGAGAAUAAGAAAGGGAGGCAGAGAAACGGGCGCCACCGCCGCCUCGCAGUCCUGCUGCCGCCGUGCUUUCUUCUCAGCGGUCUUCUUCUUCCUCAGGGGGAACCAUGAACUCCUUCCUGGAGUACCUGGCGCGGGGCGGGGACAGCUUGAAUUUAGCCGGGAAGUUUAGCGGCGCAGAGCCCGGCGGCGUGGCUUUGCGACCGCCCUGUGCCCUAUCAGCCGGCGGGGAUGGCGCUUACCCGGGUCCUGCAGCGGGAAGCUUGCCUGACUUCUCGGCGCGCUUGGCGCCCCAGCACCAGGCGCCGCAGCCGCAACAGCUGGCGCCCUGCGCGCUUACCUCGAACAUUUUCUCCUCAACCGAGUUCAGCUUGCUCCGUCCCGAGGCGCCCUACGCAACUCCGGAGGAGAACGCUGCGGUGCAUUACGCCACGCCCAUUUUCCCGGGCAGCGGCGGCGCAUACCUACAAAUGGAUUACACCGCGAUCGCUGAGACUUUUCAUCCUUGCCCCAAGGAUGCGCCGCUGCGGCCCCCGCCGCCAGACUUCUGCACCAAAUCCAGCGCCCAAGCGGCGCUCAGCACUUUCGAGUGGAUGAAAGUCAAGAGGAACGCGCCCCCUAAAAGUAAACCCACGGCUUAUGGGUCUUCCAGUCCUCCCAGUGUGGUAAGAACCAAUUUCAGCACUAAGCAACUGACAGAAUUGGAGAAAGAGUUCCAUUUCAAUAAGUACCUCACCAGAGCCAGGCGAGUGGAAAUAGCAAAGUCUCUGGGCCUCAAUGACACUCAAGUGAAAAUCUGGUUCCAAAAUCGGAGGAUGAAGCAGAAGAAAAGAGAAAGGGAAGGAAUAGCGAUUCCUGGAGUACCUAUUCAAGUCUCUCCUUCAGCAUUAAGCCCCACGCAUUCAGGGAUGUGUUCUGUGACCCCUUCACCUACCAAAAAUUCACCCUAAUACUGUGGCAUUGUGAUAACACUGAGAAGUGAUACAGAUGCAUGAUACUGAAAAGACUCAAACUUCAAAAGCAAAACCAGACAACUCUGAAAUGUGUGAGAUCAUGGAUAUUUGAAGUCAAGGGAGAAAAGACAAUAAUUGCACUAAGUUUUCACUACCCUUGGAAAAGUCCAUUGUAUAGAAUGAAAACCUGCUGCUUUACACAGAACUGAUUCAAGGCAUAAAAGGCAUAUGAUGACGUGUUUACAUUUUAUUUAUAGGUAUUUUCAGGGAAAGCUGCUUUCAGCUUCUACGUGCUGCUAUACUUUGUUGGUGGCCUGGCUGAAUUUAUUUACAGGCUGAUAUUACAUUUGUUUACUUAAAAGGAAGGCCCCCUAGGAUUGAUGUGGGGAAUUCUACAAAGAAAACCAAAGAUAGGGAGUAACUCACGAGUGGAGUCUAUUCUGCA